ACAGACUAGCAGAGCUAACAGAGUGCCCAUAAGCUUACUGAUCCAGUGGUGAGUCACUUCUCACUAAGCACUGACAACAGAACAGGUUAGAAUGUGUUAUGAAAAGUCCAGCUAAGGAAGACCUGAGCCUGUCCAACAUGAGGUCUAAAACAAUGAUUUGGAAGUUGAUCCAUUUCAGUGGUCUCUUUCUUGGAACUCUCACACUCCCAACUCCAUCUUCACUCCCCACUACCAACACUGAGGAAAGACUCUGUCAGAUCUACAACUCUGACCGAUCUGCAGAUUGUCUGGGAAGACAGCUUGACAGUAUCCCAUGGAGACAAUUUCCACCUACACUUGAAGAAAUAGACCUCUCCUAUAAUAAACUUCAAGAUGUUUAUGCUGAUGACCUUUUCCACCUCCCUAAGCUUCGUAUCCUCAAGCUUCAGUACAAUAACAUUUCAUACAUUGACAAUGAUGCCUUCAGAAACAACACACUCUUGGAGUAUCUUGACAUCUUCAAUAACUCCCUGCAGGAAAUUCCUGCCAGAGCUCUGACACCUCUCGUUAAUCUAAAAGAGCUCUACAUGUCUAAUAACCUUUAUAUAAGUGCAACUUUGGCUGACUGCUUCUCCAAACUUUCCAGACUCCAGGUUCUCUCCAUGGGCGGCCCUUUGGUGAUGGGUCUAAAAAAAAAAGAUUUCCAACCCCUGAAGAACCUUAAGCUCCAAGGAUUUGCUAUUAAAUGUUCCUCCCACCUCCAUUACUAUGAGCCUGGAAGUUUAGAAGUCAUUCAGACCAGUCAGAUGGGCUUUGACAUGGCUAUAGACCAACACCCAAAUGCUCUUGUUCAUAUGCUACAGGACCUAGCUAACAAAACAUUCACAGUCAUUCAAUUUCGUAACCUCUUUGAAUUCACAUACUACAUGGGACAGGAGGACAUUUUUCAGGGUUUAAAACACAUUAAAGCCAAGCAACUCAUCUUUCACAGAGGAAAAUUCAAUGAGAACCUUAUAAGGAUGGCUUUAAUCAAUUUACAAGCAACCAGCAUCAAAAGAUUAAGACUUCAGUACAUUGACUUUGCCCGUUCGCCAACAUUUGUUGAUAGUGGUGCAAGUUCCAGCAUCACAGAUCUUGUACUGGAUAAACUGGAUCUUUGGUACAUCAGCAAUCCUGAUGUGCUACGAUUUGAUUGGCGUUUCACCUGGUUCAAGAAAGUUAAGCAACUGUCUAUUCAACAUGUGUAUUUCAACUCUGCACCCUGUGAUUCGUGGGUUGAGAUGAACGGUGUGGAAUUACUAGAUGUCUCCAAUAAUCGACUAAAAAAUGAGUUUGUAUUCAACCAGCGAUGCGAUUACAAGAACACCAUGCCGAAUCUUCAUACAUUCAACACAAGCAACAAUGAGUUGACCAGCUUAAAAGACUUAUCAUCCCUCACAAAAGAAUUCCAGGAGCUAAAGGUUUUGGAUUUCAGCUACAACAAAUUAGGAUCUGCUAAAGAUAGCCAAAAUUGUGUCUGGAAACAAAAUAUCACCAAGUUUAUUGCUCACCAUAAUAACUUUGUAGGUGAAGCUCUCAGUUGUCUACCAACCACAGUACAGUACUUGGAUCUGUCCUACUGUGAUCUGGACCAGCUGGACAUGAACUACUUUGAGAAAACCACCAACCUCAAAACCCUUCUACUGAGUGGGAAUAAAAUUAAAUUCAUCCCAUCUAAAUGGGAAAGUGCAUCACUGCAAUCACUAGCUUUGGAUGGGAAUUCAUUUGGCCUAAUUAGCAAAAAAUCCUUUGAAGAUAUGCCUCAGUUGUCUCAACUUCAGGCAGGGAACAAUCCUUAUCAUUGUACAUGUGAGCUUCAUGCUUUCAUCCAGGACACGAUUUCAAAAGGAAAGGUAAACCUCACAAACUGGCCUGAGAACUACAAGUGUUACCACCCGGAGGCUUUGCUCAACACAGUCAUAGCCAAAUACUUUCCGGGUCAUGUAGCAUGUGACAUCAGACUGGUUAUCAUCAUCUGUGUUGCAACCACCACAGCAGUGAUCUUAAUACUUAUGCUGAUUUGCUAUAUUUUUGACCUCCCAUGGUACACUAAAGCAACAUACCAGAUCAUCAGGGCUAAAUACAGAGCUCACAAGGAGAAAGGAGCUGGUGAUCUGGAAACUUUUACCUACCAUGCCUUCAUAUCCUACAGUCACUCAGAUGCUGACUGGGUGAGGCACCAGCUCUUACCCUGUUUGGAGAACAACACGAACCCCUAUCGUCUAUGCAUUCAUGAGAGGGACUUCAUGCCUGGAAAGUGGAUCAUUGAUAACAUCAUUGAGAAUAUUGAAAGCAGUCGUAAGGUAAUGUUUAUUCUCUCACGGCACUUCGUUAACAGUGAGUGGUGCAACUAUGAGCUGUACUUUGCUCAGCAGAGAGCAAUGGGAAAAACCUUCAGUGAUGUCAUCUUAGUGGUUAAGGAGCCUAUUGAUCCAAACUCCUUACCCAGCAAGUAUUGCAAGCUCAAGAAGAUGCUGAGUACAAAGACAUACCUGGAGUGGCCCCAGCAGGUUAACCAGCAGGCAUUUUUCUGGGCACAGCUGAGGAGUGUCCUGGGAAAGCCAACAACCCAAGAGCGGGCAAACAGUGUUAAGAGAAGAACCCUAUCUGCGGGAAGAAUAUCUGUGAUUGGUCCCCCUAUUGAGGAAAGGGUGCCAGAAGAAGAUAAGAUGACUGUGGAAAAAGAAGCAGAACCCACAAACGAAGCAAAUGAAGAGCCAUUAAAUCAAAUACCACUGGUGGCAUUUUAGCCAUUAAAUUAAAAAGAACUAUUAAACAAAUGCCUUUCUCAGUAUUUUCUCAGUAAAGACCUCCCCUCAAGUAACCUUUUUGUUUAGGCUAUGCCAACAAGGGAGCAAAAUACAGCAUCUCAUUGUGAUAACAAAGAAAAACAAACAACCCCUGCCCAACAAUCUGUCUGCCCAAGGCAGUCUGUCAUGUCAUCCCUGACAGCUGAGCUGAUGGCCUCUGCUUCACUUUCCCUCAGUGUCUCAGGCCAGGUGCCCUGCUGACAGGCGCUGAAAGGCCGGCUCACAU